AUGACAAAUAAAAGACCAGGCUCGGCAAUUGACGGAAGUGCCAAAAAGCCAAAGCUCAUAACCGAGUUCUUUGCAAGCGCAUCUAAGAAAACAACCGCAAAGCCUAAGGCUAAAGAUACCGAUCGCGGUGAACUUCCAAAAACAGAUUCUGGAUCAUCGCUUUCACAAGAAUCCAAGAAUGGCGAACUGGAGAUUAAAUCGGACGCAAAGGACGAUUUAAAUGUAAACAAUUCCUCUCAGAAAACUGAGAAUUCGACUUCUCAAAUCGGUAAACCUGCCAAUUCCGGACCUUCUGACUAUGCGGACUUUUGCAAGGACUUAAAUUUCGAUAAGGUACAAUGGAUGGCAACAUUACUGGACGAAGAGAAAAUCCUCUUAUCUUUGGAGAUCAACACUCUUCACAUCACAUGGCUUGCCUGUCUCCACAAGGAGCUCACCAAGCCGUACUUCUUGAAGUUGAAGAAGUUCCUUAGAAGCCAGGCGGGAAAGACCGUUUUCCCGCCUCCGGGAAAAAUCUACUCUUGGUCACAUCUCACGCCUGUUCCUGAUGUCAAGUGUUUGAUUUUGGGCCAGGAUCCGUACCACAACGUCAACCAGGCCCAUGGGUUGGCAUUCCUGGUAUUGGAACCCACGCGGCCACCACCAUCGCUCUUGAACAUAUACAAGGCGUUGAAAAUAGACUUCCCCGAUUUUGAAAUCCCUGAGUAUGCCAAAUUGAACAAGGCUGGGUGUCCCGGCGGCGGAAACUUGACGAAAUGGGCUAAACGGGGUGUUCUCAUGCUCAAUGCCUGUUUGACUGUCGAAGCUCAUAAAGCGAACAGUCACGCGGGACAAGGAUGGGAAACGUUUACAGAACUGGUGAUAAAAACAGCACUCACGUACGCAAAAGAACAUCAUAGCUCGGGCUUCGUUAUCAUGGCAUGGGGAACGCCGGCACAAAAACGGGUGGCUGCCUUUUCGAGACUACUACUGGAUCCUUCCACUCCUUUCUUGGUGUUGAAGAGUGUUCACCCGUCGCCAUUAUCGGCAAGCAGAGGCUUUUUCGAUCUGCAUGUCUUUAAAAAAUGUAACGAGUGGCUUGUGAGCCAAAACAAGGAUCCGAUUGAUUGGGGACUUUUGGAGGGCAAUAGUGUCACUGGCUGA